UAACAGGGAGCCACAGACCCCGGAGAUGAACAAGCUACGCCAGAGCCUGCGGAGGAAGAAGCCCAGCUAUGUCCCGGGCAGCAGGCCGCACCAGUGGCAGGCUGACGAGGAGGCCGUCCAGGGCAAGUGCAACUUCCCUGUCAGGUACCUGGGCCUGGUGGAAGUGGAGGAAUCCAGAGUGCAUGUCUGUGAGGAGGCCGUCAAAAAGCUCAAAAAAGAGGGGAGGAAGGAAGUCCGUGUGUCUCUCUCCAUCUCUCUCUCUAUCUGUAUCUCUUUGUCUAUCUCCCUCUCUCUCUCUUCCACCACCCCCUCCCCCCAGGAUCUCAUUGUGGACCAGACCAUAGAGAAGGUGUCGUUCUGUGCUCCAGAUCGUAACUAUGACAAGGCCUUCUCCUACAUCUGCCGUGAUGGCACCACCCGACGGUGGAUCUGUCACUGCUUCAUGGCGCUCAAGGACUCGGGGGAGAGACUGAGCCAUGCUGUGGGUUGUGCAUUUGCGGCCUGCCUGGAGAGGAAGCAGCGAAGGGAGAAGGAGUGUGGCGUCACAGCCUCCUUCGACGCCAGCCGCACCUCCUUCGUACGCGAGGGCUCCUUCCGCGUCAACUCUUCCUGCAGCCAGCAGGGCAGCGACCGAGAUGACAUCAUGAAACAGCUGCAGGAGAAAAAGAAAGACACCCCCUGUGCCAUCCCCGCCCUCCCUCCUGGCUCCGCCUCCCCCCCAGAGAGUGAGGCCUCCCCCGUGGAGCGGGCGGAGCCUGGCGGCCCUCACGCCAUCCCUCGCCGCCACGCCCCCAUCGAGCAGCUGGUCCGCCAGGGCUCAUUCCGGGGCUUCCCCGCCCUCAGCGGGAAGAACUCGCCGUUUAAACGCCAGCUGUCGCUUCGCCUCAACGACCUGCCCUCCACCCUGCAGCGCAAGACUGACUUCCAGACAAAGAAUCCUGUCCCAGAGCUGGAGCUGUCUCUGCCGGGGGAGGCCGAUGGCAUCAACGCUCUCUGUAGCCAGAUCAACACGUCCUUCACCAAGCCCUCCCAGGAGCUGUUCUCCAACCCACACUCCUCGGCCAACGGUGUGCCAGCCUGCAGCGUGCCCCCCGCCCUGCCCCCCCCGCCCGCUCCCCUGCAAGCUACUUCUUCCUGGGUGCAGGCGGAGCCUCCGAUCCAGUCCCCGCCCCCCAUGACCGUCCACGGGGGCGGGCACAGGAGGACGCCGUCCGAGGCCGAGCGCUGGCUGGAGGAGGUCGCAAAGGCUGUCAGGGCCCAGCAGCCAACCCCGCCCCCAACCCUGGCCCCCUCCCAGCCUGCCCCGCCCAUUCCCAUCGUUCCUGGCCCUCCAGGAUCGGCUAUGUUAGCUCCUCCUAUCUCACUUCCUCCUAUAUCACUUACCUCCAUGUCAGCAGCUCCAAUGUCACUUCCUCCCAUGUCACUUUCUUCUAUGUCCGGCGCUCCUAUGUCAGGUGCCCCUAUGUCUGUGUCCCUUAUAUCUGGUGCCAGCAUGUCUAAUCCACCGAUGCCAGUCCCCAUGUCCCUGCCUUCCAUGCCAGGGGCACCGAUGUCUGGCCCUCCCAUGUCUCUGCCCUCCAUGACAGUCCCCUCCAUGUCUGGGCCCACAAUGACCGGUGUGCCCCUCCUCGGUGCCCCCCUGCCAAGCUCCAUGCCUCUCUUCCCCCUGGCGUUCGAUGCCACCCCCGCUCCAGGGAGUCUCUACGGUCAGCCGCCGCUCCAGCCUGCGUUCGUGCAAAGCUACAUCCCCGGGCUGGCCAGCAGCAUGACCUACCCCAACACCAGUGUGCCCGUGGUGGGCAUCACACCCUCCCAGAUGGUCGCCAACGUCUUCUCGGUGGGUGGGGCCUCCAUGUGCGUGACCGGAGGCAAAACGGGCGUACUCGGCAGUGUCGGGCAUCACCAUGGGUACCCUAGCUCCGCCCCUCAUACGAGCGGGUUCCCCACACCGCCUUUCGGAGCCCCGCCCACCAUGAACGGGCUGGCACCCAGCCUCCCCGUGUCCUCCGCAUCCAGCGGCGUUAUGGUCACGCAUAACGGCAGCGUUUCAAGCAACGGCGGCUGCAGUACUAGUGGUUGGCCACAGGAGGCGCUGCAGCCCACCCCGGCUACAGGGGAAGCAGACCGGUUUGAGGCUAAGUGGGCCGCCCUGGAGACCAAGACGCCACCACCGUCACAGCAGCCAAAGGCGGCACCCAACCCGUUCUCGAACGACCUGCAGAAGACCUUUGAGAUUGAGCUUUAACCAGGCGAGCCGAAGCCUUGGCCUGGUGAUUACUGCUGACAGACUCUCCUCAGGCCAGACCUGACUGGACCUCCUCUCCCCUUUUUUCUCUCCUCCCUCCCUUCGCCUCAUCCUUCCAACUAUCGCUGGACUCUUCUCUUCUUCCUCAAUUCUCCUUUCUUGUCAUCCCCCUCUCAAUCCAUUCCCCUGACCCCGUGCUUUGCUUCAGAUAGCUUCUCGUGUUUGGCUGUCAUCAGGGUUAGGUCUAAAGAGGAGGAGGAAGGGGAGCCGGAGAACACGAAAACAUCACAGUGAGAAUAAGCCAAUAAACAGAGAGAGACCUGACUAACUGGCCAAUGACAGGGCUCGAAGUAAAGACCUCUCACCCAAAAGGAUGAUGACCAAUAAGAAGAUUUAUUUGACUGACGGACAAAAUAGUUUAUUUAUUUGUUUCUAAUAUUUGAUUUUAACAAGUUUAAAUUAUAUUUUGAGAGAGGUUAUUUUAAAACAGUGUUUGUUUUCCCUGUAUUUAUUUUUGCUGAACUGGAUCAAGGAAGGGAAACGAAUGCUGUGAUUCGACAAUGAGGUGAAGUGGAGAGGGGGGCAUUGUGGGAAUAUGAGUCACUAAAUGAAUGACUGUCUAAUUGCAGCCAUAUUGUCCUGACCGCUAAUUCAAUCCAGAGCAGUGUAUGAUGUGUGUGGGAGAGAGUGUAAAUAGCAUGCCUUUUUCACCCUCAAUGUAGUACCCCUCAUGUCAAUCUGCCCCUGGAAGUAUUUGUCCCCAGGCUACAGAAGACCCUGCUCUGGGACAUUGCAGGGCUGAAACUGGGUGGCUCUAUCAGGGGUGUGCUCUCUGGAAAUAUGUAUCUCAAGACUUCCGUAACACUGCAAAACUCUGUAAAUCUCUGGAACCGACUGAAACACUCUGGAACUCUACGGAACACUCCAGAACACUUGUUACCACAGGGAUCACUCCAGAACACUGUGUAACUGGUCCUUAUGGUGCACUACAUUCCAGCAUUGAUAAAUCAAUAUAACUGGAGUCAGAUACAGGGUCGUCACCUGGCCAUGGGUGGUCAGCAGGACUGGGGGUUGAGCCACGCUCUAGCAGACUGAGGAUGGGUGGGGUAUGCUUUCAUGGAGCAGAUAAGGGACAAAGCACAGACCUAGAAAGAGAGUGAAUGCAUGAAAUAUGGGAGAAAAAGAAAACAGAAUGUGAGAAAGGUAUGCGAAGAUGACAUACUUUUAAUGAAUUGAGUUUGUGGACGUUAGAAUCAUGGAGAAUCAUGGGAUUGGAAUGAGAGAGAGGAGGAGUGAGUUUUAGGUCCAGGUGAGAACAGGGUUGACUCACAUCAACAACAGAAUGAACAGAAUGAAGGGAGGAUGAGUAGAGGGAAGAAAGACUUUAAAAUUCAUAAUCUUCCUGGUUCUCUUGUAAUUAACUUGUCAUGACCUAAUCAACCAAUCAGAUCUCUUCCUGUGACACAAUAUUUAUUUUUGAUUGGCCCAAAGAAAGCCCCACUCUGUGGGGCCCAUGUAUUUGUUUUGGACCAAUCAGUUGUCCUCUUAAAGAGAAAUCCCUCCCUCUCCCUUCUCUCUAUAGGAGGAAGAUGUUGUCACUCAAGAAAUUGAUGUUUUUAUUUCUCUAAUCCCACAAAGGAUCCCACUUUUGCACGCUCCUCAGAAUUAAAACAUGUAGAUUGAUUAUGUUGAAAAUAAGCAAACUAAGGUACCUCAUAAACGUUGAUUGUAAACCAUAGCUUAGUCGUUAAUGAACCAGUGGAGUUUAUUUUUAAUCUUUAUUUACAGAAUUUUGUAUUUAAACCUACAUAUUUGUAUUGUAAUUACAUUGUACAAAGAUAAAUAAAUACAGUAAUAUAAUAUUAAAACUCU